AUUUAUGAAGUAUAUGAAACUGAAUGUGAAAUGUAACUAUGCUCUGUUCUUGUCUUGAUGGUGUUAGAGCUUGCCUUGGUCUCUUGUGUUGAAUAUUUUAUAAUUAGAUUCGUGAUUGAGCUGUGUCUGUUCUACAGGAGGAGCCAUUAUGUUUUGCUGGUCCUCUCUGCUGCUCUCCCUGCUCCUGCCCCUGACCGUCACCCUGUUUCUCUGUGACACUGCUUCAGCCUCUGUCACUAGGAAACAUGGUUUUUCUGUGGUGUGGAACAUGCCCACCUCAAAAUGCAAGCGUGUCUUUGGUGUUUCACUGCCCCUGCAGCAGCAUGGCAUCAUAUCUAAUGCAGAACAGAGAUUCACAGGUGAGAACAUAAGUCUAUUUUACGAAUGCCGACUUGGUUUGUAUCCCUACAUCACUCGCGAUGGCUUGAGUGUGAAUGGCGGGAUUCCUCAGAAGGGCAAUCUUGACGGACACCUUGCACUGUCAGAGGGACAGAUCAAUGCACUUCUGCGGAAUAGUUUCAGCGGGUUGGCUGUGGUGGACUGGGAGAAGUGGCAACCUCAGUGGCGCCGUAACUACGGAACCCGACAGGCCUACAAUGAUCUGUCUAAGCAACUGGUACGACAAAAACAUCCAGACAUGUCUGAGGAAGAAGUAAAAUCACUGGCAAAGGCUGAGUUUGAGGAAGCUGCACAGUCGUUUAUGGAGAAAACGCUGCGAGUCGGAGUCAAGGCUCGUCCCAAGGGAUUGUGGGGGUUUUAUGGAUACCCUGGCUGCUAUAAUGACCACGGAGCAAAAGAGAGUGGGUACACCGGACAGUGCAAACCUGGAACAGAGGCACUAAAUGACAAACUGGCGUUUUUAUGGCAGCAGUCCACUGCUCUCUACCCAAGUGUGUAUGUGCGCCGUGGGCUAGCGGGACACCCAAACACACGGCUUAUGGUAAGACACCGUGUACUCGAGGCGUUCCGAGUAGCAUCACAGCAUGGACGUGACACUUCCCGACUUCCUGUUCUACCUUAUGCUAGAGUGGCCUUUACAAAAACUCUGCACUUCUUAAAUCAGACUGAUCUCGAGAACACACUUGGUGAGAUUGCGUCUUUAGGUGCUGCUGGUGUGGUGUUGUGGGGUGAAAUGGGGUUUGCCAAGUCCAAGCACCAGUGUGUUCUUCUCCGGGACUACAUACGCUCGGUCUUGGGUGUGUACGUGGACGCUUUGCAUCGGAGUGUGGCACAUUGCAGCAAGAGUGUGUGCAGUGCUAACGGUCACUGCGUAAGACGCGACCCUCAUUCCGGUCACAUGAUUUCCCAGCUCGACGCUAGGAGUGAAUUUGACCAUGACCUGAGGUCAAAAUUCAAAUGUGUGUGUUUUGAAGGAUGGAGUGGAGAACGGUGUGAGAACAGUGAAAGACAUGGAUGUGAAGUGAAGCCAGUAACACCACUUACAUAUACUGUUUAAAUUUUGAAUUUUAAUUAAAAUUCUGAAAGGUGUACUAAUUUUUACCCCUUGUAAUAAAUCACUGCCAGUACAAAGCAGUCUUUUAUAAUUUUUUAUUAUCUAUGCAAAAUACAACUAUUUAUCUGUCUAA